AAAAGUUUGUGCCAAAGGAAUUAAAAAAAGGAAAAAAAAGAAUUAAUCCCAAAAGAAGAAAGAACCCUAGCCGCCUGAGGAAGGAACGCCCAGAUCGAUCCGCAGGCCGGCGACGAUGGCGACGGUUCGUUGUACACGCACCCUGCUCCAGCGAACGCAGGCGGCGGUCGCGGAGGAGGGACGCCGGCUCGUGCCAAGCAGGUUCAUGCGCUCGCGCCAGCUCUCCAGCCAGGUCUCCAGCGAGCAUGCUGGCAAGUCCCCUGCAUUGGAAUCUGAACUGGACAUGAAGAUGAAGAAGCUUGCGGCCUCGAUGGCUCGGUUGAAGAACACUCCAGGACCAGAUGCCUCUAAGUUGCGCUUGAUGUCUUACGGACGUGCGGCUAAUAGUGUGGUCGAUGGAGCUGUCAACUUUGCAAUUUUCUGUAUCAUUUCUGCUGCUGUUUAUCGUCGCUACAGCGAGAAGGGGGUAGAAGCCCAGGCUAUUACCAAGGGAAGCUCGUGAAGACAGGAUCGCAAAAAUGAAAACCAAAGCUGGCCCCAGCUUGUUUUCAAUUUAAUUAUGACCUCUGCAGUUUGGCUAGCUAGCACUAUGCUGUGAUAUUGUGUGACAUGGUAUCAUGUUAUUUAUAUGUCCUCUAUCCA